CCUUGCCUGAGUUAUGCCUAACUGAAAAAAAAAUUUGAAAAUAUAUAAAAAAAGGACAUACAAAAUUUCAGUGAUAUUUGAAUAAAAAUGCAGAAUAAUAAACACAGGAAGCUCAAAACUAUACAAAUGAACUACCCAGCGCCGUACUCCCACUCGUGGGCAAACAGUGACCCGGCGCGGUUUGAGAUGGACAAAAUGAGAAAAUGUUCAUCUUUUCAACGGAAUAUGACAAAACAAAACCAACCAAUAUGCAACUGUUACUGGCGGCGACCGAAGCCACUUACCCGAGGCACCAACCCUUACGCGCCACACCUUAAAUAUGGCUUGUUUCCGAAGAAAGUGAAUCCGGGGGAAUCGUUGGAAAGACCGGCCAAAGACGAAAACGUUCCUCGACUGCCACUGAAAAACAAAAAGCCCUUACAGGACAGAUUUAUUAGGGACAGGAAAAAAGGUGACAUGAAAGAAAAGCGAGCCAUAGACAAGGAGUGCCCGCGUCAGCUGUCACUGUCACAGAUGUCGCACGUUGACAUAAAGCCAGGCGCCAUAGCUUCAAGACCACAAACAUUUUAUUAAAGUUUAUUGAUAUUUACUAUGGUUUUCAUUGGAUUUUUCGUCCACUUGUACAUG